AAUUAUGUAACAGGACCAAUAAGUUUUGGAUAUAAAUGUAGCACAAUUGAUGAGUUUAAUCUGCCCCUCUCAUGAUAACUCAAAUAAGUUAAAAACCAAUAGAUACAUGCAUAUCUAUAUCUCAAGGCAAAUAACUAUCCUCUUCUAUCUUCAAAGUGAUUAACUAUGUUAGACAUAGAAAAUAUGGAAUAUGGUCAAUAUAGUUAUUCAACAGAAGCUGGAGAGGAAGAAACUUAUACAACUAGUAGCACAAGUUCCAUGAGAAAGAAGAAAAACAAGAAUCCAAAGAGGUUUAGUGAUGAACAAAUCAAAUCAUUGGAAACUAUGUUUGAGACUGAAUCAAGACUUGAACCUAGAAAGAAGUUGCAAUUGGCAAGAGAACUUGGAUUGCAACCAAGACAAGUUGCUAUUUGGUUUCAAAAUAAGAGAGCUAGAUGGAAAUCAAAGCAACUUGAAAGAGAAUACAAUAAACUUCAAAGUAGUUACAACAAUUUGGCUUCAAAGUUUGAAUCAAUGAAGAAGGAAAGACAAACAUUGCUAAUACAGUUGCAGAAGCUGAAUGAUCUAAUACAAAAGCCAAUAGAGCAAAGUCAAAGUAGUUCACAAGUUAAAGAAGCAAACAGCAUGGAAAGUGAAUCAGGAAAUGGAGGAACAAUCAAAUGUGAGGCUGAGGUGAAACCAAGUACUUCAAUAGAAAGAUCAGAACAUGUUCCUGAUGUUCUUUCAGAUGAUGACACAAGCAUAAAAGUUGAAUACUUUGGAAUGGAAAAUGAACCAAGCCUAAUGAAUUUUGCUGAACAUGCUGAUGGUUCCUUAACAUCACCAGAAGAUUGGAGUGCUUUUGAAUCAAAUGAUCUAUUAGGACAAUCAAGUUGUGAUUAUCAAUGGUGGGACUUUUGGUCUUGAAUGAAACAGAACAGACAAAAAUUGUGUGGUGGAGGAAAAUGUAUGCAAAAUAUAUGAUGUUACAAACAUCAUUGUUUUGUUGAAGAAAUUGGUUGUGUAUGAAUCAAGAGACAUGAGAAAGAGGACACUUCUUUUCUUUUUAUGUACAAUACAUCCAUUAGUUUGUAGGAAAUGAGUUUCAUCUACGGACUUCGGCCCUGUUUGGAUAAAUAACUUAAUCGUUUAUAAUAUAAGUUAUUAUUAGAAA